CAAGGUUAGAUAGAUACCGACUCAAAAAACCUUCCGCACCAAGUCUUCCAUUUUACUCUCUCUCACUCUAUAUCCACAUCACAUCCAGAUCUAACAAGAACUCUGUAAUUUUACAGUUUUCUUUGAACAACAAUUAACCAAAAAAAAUCAAGAAAACCCAGAAAUCAAAGAAUAUGAAGAGAGAAGGAAGACAACAACAUGGAUAUGUGAGAAACUAUUUGAUUUUACCAGCACAAUUGAACAACAAUUCAUCAUCAACUAGGGGAGUUUUGAAUUCAUCAAGUCCUCCUUUAGGUGGUAGUGGUGGAUUGAUGAACAAGAUAUCAACAUCACCAACAGCAGGAGCCAAACCUUGGAAGUGUGCAGGUAAAUAUAAAACAAGAGAUAGAAUCCCAAAAAAUAUUAAAGGUACACAGAAACUGAAAUCUCUUGAUGUUGCUAUGAAUCAUAAGUUAAUUUCAUGGCGUGUUGUUGAUAAAGGUUGUGAUUUGAAUUAUAGAGGGAUUUCUGCUACUGAUAUGUUAGUUCAAUUAAAUAAUCGUGAUCGUGAUUACUGGGAUGAUGAUGAGCAAGAUCAGGAUCUGAAUAAUCAGAAUCAUAAUCAUGAUUAUUAUGAUGAUGAUGUAUAUAAUAAUACUGUUUAUGAUGUUAAAAAUGAUGUUGAUAAUGAAGAUUUAGGAACUGAAUUAACAAAGUUAGGUCUCGUUCGUUUGGUUAUGAAACAAGAAGAAGGGGAAUCCAGUACUUCUGGGACUACUGAAUCUGACGAUGAUGAAGAGGAGGAUUACGAGGAUGAUGAUCACAUGAGUUUCUGUGAUGUAGGGUUUGUGGUGGAUCAACUUGACGAAGAAGAUUGGUGUUUAGUUGAAGAAAUGUGAAUAUUUGGGGGAAUCUAACCUUUAAUUUCUGUUAAUAAAAAAACAACAACAAAAUUAUUAGUUUAAAAAAGGAGGGGAGGAGAGAGAGAUUUGAUUUGUUUAUUUUGAUUAUCAUUAUCAUCUUUCUCUCUUGGUUGCUUUGUUCAUUUAUCUUUAAAUUUGGAUUUGUAAUUGAAAAUUGGAAACCUCGAUUUACUUUGGUUCUGUUCAGUUGGUACCUGUUAUUUGAAUUGAAUAACACUACUGUUUGUUCUUAUCAAGAACCAAACAGUACUUUGUUUAUUUGUGCUUA